AUGAAUCCUAAUUCUUUCCCUUCCACUGAAGAUUUAAGGAGGUGUACUUCUUUUACGAGCAAUAUUGAGAAAGAAUUUAACGAAGAAGAAGAUCUUUUUCUUCUAAUUCGUGGGGUCUCUAUACUUAUCCACUAAUAAAAGCAAAAUUUAUAAAGAAAAAAUAAUUUCUUUAAUAAAAUAUUUUAUGCUUUUAAGCCAAUCCACUAUCAAAUCACUAUUGAUAUUGAGCAAAACAAGCAAAAUCUAGGCGAUUCUACAUUCGAUGAAGGAAAAUAUUUAAAAACUAAAAAUUUCCCUCAGGAGAGAAUUGAUCAACUGAAGCAGGUGCCAAAUGAUAUUAUAGUGACAAAGUUUUUAGAAGCGCUUUAUAACGGAAUUCAAUGCAGUCCGGAAUGCCUUAUUAUUUCGCUGGUAUAUAUAUAUCAAAUAAUAAAAACUGACCGACUUUUCCUUCGAGAACUAACGUGACGACCAAUUAUCCUUUGUGCGCUUUUUAUUGCACACAAGGUUUUUGACGAUCUGCCUAUGACAAAUGCAGAAUUAUCCAGAAUUUACCCAUUUUUUACCUCCCACGAGCUUUGUGAGCUUGAGUCGAAAUUCAUGGACUUGAUUAAUUUUAACUUGUACGUUUCCCCAAAGAAAUACGCUCAGUUUUACAUUGAGAUUCAUAGUAUGUUCAGCGAAAGCAACACAAAGCCGCUUGGGAGGCUCACAAAGGCCCAAAAACGAAGGUUGGAGAAUAAAACCAAAAAUUUUGAUAGGGAAAGUUGUGCAAGCAUACUUUUAAGUUAA